GCCGCCUGCAGGCCGAAAUGGAAGCUCGGAAGAACUGGGCCCAGAACUGGGGCUUCUUAACCACCCCCUUUGAGGAGUUGAUCAAGCAUGAAGGAGAAGAGCCCUCCAGCCCAAAGCCCAAACUCAAGCUACCAGAGCAUUUCCACAUCCGGCCGGUGACCCCCGUGGAGAAAUACAUCAAGAUCCUCCCGUCUCCCCCAAUCCCUGAGACGACCCAGGGCUUCAUUGGCUGGCGAUCCGGGCAGCCGGGCCUCAACAGGCACCUGGAACAUGACCGCGAGGUCCGAAGCUGCAAGGGUGCCUAUGCCGCAGAGCUGGGCUGGCCCAAGCAGGGCAUCCACUGAGGGUGCUGGGCCACGGGCGCUGGGACUGUGGGUACAGCCUUCCUCCCGGCAUGCCCCUGGGGUGCGGCAGAGCAGCGCUCCCGGGACACUGCAGUUCACCUGAACCUGCUUUCCCACCUGGGGGCCCUCCCUCCCUUCCCGCACUUGUGAUAAACUCGGCAAAUGA